CCAGAUUGCAGCUCCUUGUGACGCCUCAUGACCGCGACAGCUGCGGAACUUUCAGACUUGGCCGGAGCUAGAGACGAGGAAUCACUCAAAUUUCAGUCUCAAGUCUACAACAAUCCGACAAGGAUCAGCGCCAGCGUCCGAGCAAGCCGGGCAGGGCGUAGCAGAAUGCCAUGGCGUCGAAACAUCUUCCGCGUAGAAAGUUGGUCGUAGUAGCAGUGCCAACAU